AUGUUGACAUUACUCAGAAGUGAAUUGGAUGAACUUUGUGAAGCUGUCAAGACUUGGGAGUUAGAGAAAGGCCAGGUUUGUAAAUUAUUUUAUUUGGUUGUAGGUGUAUGUUAAUACUAAGACUAAGUGCUUUUAAUUUUGUUGAAGAAAAUUGAGUGAAGCAAACAUAUAAUGUAACCCAUAGACAAAACAAAACAACACAGACUCCACCUAUUACAUAUUCUGUGUAAAUUAGUUAUUCUCUGUUAUAUAAUCCAAAAAUUGAACCAAAUUUAAGUAGCCAGCUUAAUUUACCUUUAGCAGGAUGAACUGUUUUUCACGAUUUCAUCUCGCGAAAAGAGAAUUAAUUUGCAAUCAAGGGGGAGGGCACACAUAACACUCCAACUUGCACAGGUAAAUUUUACUUAAAGAGGCACAACAAUUGUAUCUAUGAAAGUUAUCCAGUUUACAACAUUUGCAAUAUUGAACAAAAAGACUCGUAUCACAUUCAUAUUUUAACAUGACAAAAUUGUAGUAUCUGCUGAUCGUGGAAUUAAGGAUUAGAAUUUUAGAAUUAUACAUUCUUUUUGUUUUGUUCGAGUUAAUCAAUCCUACAGUUUUUGUACUGUAUAGUCGGACGAAGUGGCACAACUGUUUAUAGUUCCCCAGCAAAUUGUUAGACUUUAUGCUAAAACAUGAAUAGUUGUCCAAAGUUCUUAUCUAAACAUAUACUAAAAUACAAAACAAGUGAAACUCCAAAAACUUCGAUUUUUGGAGUUUCACUUGUUUUGUAUUUUAUUAAAAUACUCAGUGGUUCUAAAAACAUAUACUGUAACGACAAUUUAAAUAUUUAAGAAUUUAUGGUAAAAUAUUUAUCGUUUUGCAGAUGAUCACAAUCGUUUCGAAUGUCACUGACAUAAAAUCAAACUUGAGUAAGCAAAUAGACGAUCUGCGAAUAAAAGUAGAAAAAAAUUCUGAAGGGAUAAAGAAUCUUGAGAAGAAAUUUACGACUGAACUUUCAAGAUUUUAUAUUAAAGAAGAGGAAAAAAUUCCCUAUGUCUUCAGUGCCCCCCCACGAAAUGGUUAUUUUGCUGGUCGAACAGAAGAAAUCCAGGAUCUUAAGCGUAUUUUGAAAGUUGAGGGAACGUUGAACGAAAAGAAAGUUCGCGUUGCAGCAGUAUGUGGUUUGGGUGGAAUUGGCAAAACAAGCUUAGUUUCCGAGUAUGCUCAUCAGAUGAAGGAUUUCUACAAGGGAGGUGUUUAUUGGUUCUCUGCUGAAGAUGACAAGGUUCUUGACAAAACGGUCAACGACAUCGCAUCAAAACUUAAGGCAAUACCUGGUACAUUUGAUUUAACUUUGUCAAAUACCCUGAGAAAAAUUGGCACUACAAAUGAUCCAAGUCUUAUUGUCCUCGACUGCUUGGAUCAACAGGAACUUUCGUCUAAUAUGAGGAAAUUUCUUACCUUUCCUUCAGAAGAGAAUUUCUUUGGACAUUUUGUUGUGUUGACUAGACGAAAUCCAAUCCGACUUUUUAAUGAAGUUUCAGUGUUUGAGGACGAUUCUUGUUUCCAACUGGAAUGUUUCCAAUCUGCAGAUGCAAAGCAAUUUCUUUUUUCAAGAAGUAAAGUAGUUCGUGAUAAAAAUGUUGAAAAUGACGCACAAUGCCUUUGUGACGAGCUGGGGAGGCUGCCACUUGCUUUGGAACAAGCAGGAGCUUAUAUUCAAAUACGCCGUUGCAAUUUCUCUACGUAUCUGAAACAAUAUAAAACUGAGCGUUUGCGAUUGCUCAAGCGGCAACGAGCACGUGCUGCAGGUAACGACUCAUCAGAACGUCUCGCCGUUCACACAACAUGGCUUAUCAAUAUAGAGUAUAUCAAGAAGAGCCCGGAUGGUCAAGCUGCUGUUCGAUUUAUGAGUGCUUGUUCAUUUUUCGAUGGAAAUGAGAUCGAAGAAGAAUUAAUCAACGUUGGGACACCCGAAGUGGAAGACGUUGAGUAUCGUAAAUGCGUAUUAUCGCCAUUGGGUUGCCGUGAGGUACUAAACCUGUUGACUGACUUUUCACUUUUCACGUAUGUCGGAGCGCACUCUGUCUGCACCCAUCGUUUGGUCCAGGAACUAGUGUGGGAAAGUCUUACUCCUGAAUCGAAAGCAGAGAGUUUUAUUGAUGCUGUGCGGAUGCUUUCUUACGCAUUCUCUAAAUGUUUUUCACCUAGUAAUUUUGUAAGUUCAGAUGAAAACAAUGGUGAAGAACAAAACAUAUCUAUCUGUGAUUUACCGAAAAGUCCUUCUCACUUCUAUAUGUGGUCUAAAUUUUCUAUGCAUGGUCAUCAUCUUUGUAGAAAUAUGGAGAAUCUGUUAGUAACUUUUGACUCUGUUUGUCUAGACUCGGUGUGGUUUCCUGAAACAGCCAAAAUUCUUUACGAGUGUGCUGUUCAUUUGAGUGCAAAUCACAAACAGGAAGAAGCAAAACGCCUCUUGAACUUUGCGUAUCGUAUAUUAGACUGGCUACCGUUAGCAGGAUAUGAAACGGUUGAAAAGAAUGUUUCUAAUAAUUCAUUGUUCCCUCUUUUUAUUCCUUUACCAAAGUCAAUUCAGAUCGUGAUUAAACGAUGUUGUAUGCCUCCUUCUGUUUCACUUCAACGUCUGACUGAAAAACCUUGUGGUCUUGAUUUAGAUAAGUUGAAAGAGAGUGUUGAGAAAUUAAAGUUGGAUGGAAACAAGCGUUUCAAAGAGGAUCGCUACAAGGAAGCAUUAGAUGCCUAUUCCUCUGCAAUAGAUUUGGCUCGAGAUUGCAAUAAUGCUUUCAAUCCCUUGUUGCUUACUAACCGUGCAACUGUUUAUAUAAAAUUAAAACAAUACGAAGAUGCUUUAAAAGAUGCAAAUAAUUACAUAACACGCCGCCCAGAUUGUUGGAAGGGUUAUGCUAGAAAAGCUCUGGCACUUGAUGGCUUGGAUGAGAAAGUCAGUGCUGAAAUAGCUGCUGCUUUAGCUUUUUAUCACAACAGGGCUGUGUUCUCAGAUUUCUUGCCAUUUAAAGAAUCUUUCUUUGAUUUGCAGAAACGCAUUUUUGUAUGCGAUACUGUAGAUCAACUGCAAAAAGUGAUUUUUUCACAGGAAGUAGAAACGGGUGUGUUAAAGAUUUUGGUUUUGGGAUGA